UUUGAAAUAUUUUACUUCACUUUGAAGUACCUGUAAUGCCCAUGCAGCAUAAUUUAGGUAAGACAUCGGGUACUGUCAGAAAACCUUAGGAAGAUCCGGAAAAAGAAAAGAAAAGAAAAAACGGAAGUAAGCUGCAGUCAUCACUAUUAUCCCCUGCAGAUAACAAAUGGAUGAAUGUGAAUACGAGGCGAGAAACACUGAUCAAGUGGGUGAUUGUAUGUAUUUGGUAGUAUAGGUUAUAGGGCUUUAAUUCUCACAAUAAAUAUUUCAGCUCCAAUGAUGACUCCUAUCAAGAAGUUGGAACUAUUGAAGCUAUAACCAUCAUGCUGCUCUCUACAGCUGCUAUACCACUUAUCAGAAGUAGGUAGAUGUAGACAAGCCGGGAAAUUUCAGUUCGGAAUUUCACCAUGUCGUAGGGGAUACUUGUUGUAGAGAGUGACAUGAGACUUGAGAGCCAAGUACGGGAAGGAAGAGAUGAAGUUUGACAUUAUGUAAUUUCCAACCCCGUAAUUUCCAACCAUUCUUUCUUUAGAGAAAUCCUGCAUGGUGUAAGAAAGGAUGUGAAGCAGGUAAAGGUUAGCAAAACUGUGUUAGCUCUAUGUCUUUGCCAUGUUCCUUCGAAUCUGUUCAUUCACCUUCAAUUCUUCAAUGAACAAAGGAAAACUUCCAAUGGACAUAUAUGUCAUAAAUCCUCAAAUAAAUGCACCACGAGCUCCUCUUUCGAAGACUGCUGUCUGACUUCUUCCAAUGUCGAAGAAAAUGGUACCAACAGAUAUAGACAAGGCGAUGUAAACUCCUAUUCUCACCCUAUAGUAUCCCCAACUUCUCCACAUAUUGACUGAACAUCUCUUUGUCAAUGUGAGAAGUUGCCUCCACCAAUUAGCUGGUCUCUUAAAUUUGCUUUUUAUCACAUUUCCUUUCUGCAUAAAGGAUAAGAAUGUUUAUGUCACGGGAUAAAUGUUGUACGUCUGUUCAUAGAGUUCUCAUAUCUUUUACGGGAGAGUGCAUUUAAUGCUAAGUACAUUUUCCUUCCAUUUUUAGUUUCCUCAGCUUAGUUGUCUGUGUACUAGAAAGGAUUACAGUUCUGAAUGACCGAUUGCAAGGUUAGCUUAUUCUAUAAGGCUAUGUCUUUCUCUCAACUUGGAUGUAGAUCUUUGUAUAGUUGUAGGAAUACUUAUUGGUCGUGUUUGUUUUAGAUUACUUAAGAUCAUCACUUGUUGGACAGCACGCCAUUCUUCUUUGUUGAUUCUAGGGAAACCGGGAUAUCACAAGCAAAGUCAAAGGUGCUAGAUUCAGAAAGUACUAGUUUGGAGUUCUUACAGUUGCUGACAUUUGCUUAAUCCUUGCUCUUUCCUUGGCUGCAUAGUCUGAUAGCCCGUAUUUCUCGAGUAGCUUUGCCUUGAUCUCUGCUGUGGGCAUGUCUGUUGAAUUCGGUGAUGGUUAUCCAAUGUUCUAUGAUCCAGGAAAGCAUAAACAAUAUGAUUUAGAAUCGUUAAGUAAGUGUGUUAUUUUGGUUGCCAUGGGGUAUAAUAACUUUACCAGUUCUCACUGCUUACCCUUGUGUUAAGUCUACUGCUUAUAUGUAAGUUUCUAAACAUUUUGUCCAGUUCUAUUCGGUGGUCGUUGCGAAUUCACAUCCUCGUGCUUGUUUCAUGUUAUACAGCUGUUAAGAAAUAGAAGAAAAGUCCUGCUCGCUCAGCUGGCCGUAUGUGGUGGUACUUGGUUUCUUUUAGCUAGAACUCGCAGAACACUGCCGAUCAUGUGAGCUUACAAUGUCUGCACAAGGUAAAUGCUGAGCAUCAUGAUGUGGUAUAUGGGGAAAUAUAUUGUCAGGGGCACUUCCACUAAUUCCCAAUUGUUGUUUUUUCAGGUAAAGUGGUGUCAGUUUGAAGUAUUACUGGGGCGUCCAGUGAAUUGGAGAGAACAUACCUUCUUGUUGAUCAAUUCUUCACGUUGCUUUUCUGGCGCGUAGUACAGCUUACACCAACUCUCCCAACAAGAUGUCGCCGCAAGAAGAAUGUUUGAUUGAUAAAUGACUUGCUUCGUGAUCUGACCUUUGUAGUCGGUAAGCGCUCCUGAUUCGUGCAAAUGAAUGUGUCUAUUUAUCCGUCUUUUGACUUUGUGACUGGUAUAACUUAUUCUAUUGUGCUGAUUAGUCUUUACAAUUACAAGCGUUGAAUGAUUACAAUUUACAUGAACCUAGUAACCCUCUUCAUCGUGGAAUAGAGAAUGUUAUUUACUCAUACAUCCAAAUUCACUAAUUAGACCCAACAAAGAAUUCAGAUUAGCAUAAAUCUCAACAGAUUUAGGGUGUGAUGUGUCUCUGGCAGCAAAAGAGUGAACACGACCCCCUAGAAUGAUCCAACUAAUUCCUGGAGGCUUCUUCAAACCCUUCUCUUUCAACAAUGCUCUUACAUCCCUAACCUCAGACUAAACCCCUGCUGCAGCAUAUAUGUUGGCCAGCAAAACAUAGUUUCCUGGAUUAUUUGGCUCCAAAUCGAUUAGCUUACCAAAAACCAAUGCUGCCAUUUCAGGGUCACAAUGAAUCUAUUCUACAGCCACUCAGUAGACUUCUUCAAAUCGAUGCAUCAGGUUCCACCGGCAUGGAAUUGAUAAACUCUCUAGCUUCUUGUAAGAACCCACCUCGAACAAGUAGAUCGACUAUGCACCCGUAAUGAGCAAGUUGGGGAGUUAGUUUCAUGUCGCGAACCAUGAAACUGAAAAUCUGCAGGCCUUUUCUUAUUAAAACACCAUGGUGGCAGGCAGACAGUACGGAUAAGAAUGUCACGCCAUUAGGCUGGAAACCUUCUUCCAACAUAUCCAUGAAGGCUUGGAUGGCAUCAGCAGAGGAGCCAUUUGUGGCAUAUCCACUGAUCAUGGCGUUCCAUGAUAUGGUAUUCCUCUCCUGCAGAGUUCUGAAGAUGUUUUCAGCACCCUGUUCACUGCCGCUUGUUGCAUACAUUGUGAUGAAAGCAUUCGCCAGAGAGAGGUCGAAUUCGAGAGGGGAGAAUCUGCGGGCUGCAUAUGCUUGAAUUUGCUGUCCACGAGGCAAAUUGGCAAGGUCAGAACAUGCUGAGAGAAUGUUGAUAAUGGUGAUGGAGUUCGGCUCCACCUCAGUGAUCAUACUUAGUUUAGAGCCUCAUCAGUUUGGUUCUUUUUCACAUAGGCAGAAAUCAUAGCGUUCCAAGAGAUCAGGUCUCUACGUGAACAGACCUCGAAUAGAUUCCUCGCUGUUUCUUCAUCGCCACAAAUCAUGUUCGUAUCAGCAAGAGCAGUAUUCAGUGCUGGAUCAAUAUCAUACCAAGUUUAAUCACUAAUCCAUGGAUGCAACGCCCGGCAUUGAGUUAAGUUUCAUCCCCACAACAAGAAAGCAGAGACACCAUUGUGUAAGAGUUUGGCAUGAUGUCUGAUUGUUGCAACAUCAUCGCUCCGAAGAGCUCCCAAGCUUCAUCCUUGCAAUUGCUGCUUGCCAAUGCAGAAAUCAAAUAGUUAUAUGAUA